ACCAUACUGCCUUUAUUUUGAUACGCGGAUGUGACGUAAUUGCAUAGGAAACAAAGUAACGUCAGUAUCCUGUAUUUAUCAAUGUUGGAGAAAAUCGAUCGAUGAUCAUCUGAUAGUUAUUAAUCAACGAUACUGUUGCUCACUAUAUAAAGAGGCGGAUCAGCGGUAAAACCUGUGAAGCCUUCAUUACAACAGCGUUAGCCUUUCUUGUUUACUCUUAGCUUAGCUUAGAGUAAAGCAUAGCUAGCUCGGCUUGGCCCCUGGUCCUAGUGGACAGAACCAAAAGCAAGAACUGUUGUUAUGGGAGCCCAGCGAAGCGAUGAGAGCCGGGACUGGCCGCAGGAAGACAGGGAGGAGCAGCCAAAGCAACCCGUGAAUCCGUGGAACGUAAUGAUCAAACACCGACAGAUUCACAGACGAGGCAGACGCUCUCACAUGACUGUCAGCUUUACAGACCCUCAGGUUUCCAUGGACCUACUGAGGGCAGUUCUUCAGCCCAGCUUUAACAAUGAUAUCAUGGCUGUAUUCAAGAAGUACCAGAUGUUCUUUGAGAAAGCCGCUCAGAACGUGAAGGAAAACAUUGGGGAGGAUGUUCAGACUGAUCAACUGGUUAAAGAUGCCUGCAGGAACGUCCUGGAACACGCCAAACAGCUAUUUCCUGAGGGGGAGGUAAAGAGGGUGGGGCCAGAGAUUGCAGUCAAGAGGUACAAACCCAUUGACGAAGAAUAUGGUCCGAGAGGAAGCCCGUUUUUUAAGAAGAGGAAGACUCGUCCAGCUGUGUCCUUGAUCUCCUCUGAACGACCUCUGACCUUUUCCCAAGCAAAGCCCAAGCCAGAGCCAAUCAAGAGGGAGGGGCCAAAGUGGGAUCCAUCCAGACUGACUGACAGCAGUACAUUUGUUCUUGGGUCCAGAGCAAACAAGGCACUGGGAAUGGGCGGCACCAGAGGACGGAUCUACAUCAAACAUGCUGAUCUCUUUAAGUAUGCUGCAGAUGUGAAGGACAAACAGUGGCUGGCAGAGAAACACCACAUGAGGGCAACAGGAGGGAAAAUGGCGUACCUGCUGAUCGAAGAGGACAUUCAGGACCUGUCCCACACUGAUGAAUACAAGGACUGUCCUGACGUCAGGAUGGACGAGAUGAAACCCUUUACAGUUCCUGGUUGGAUGGUGGAGAAGAUGAAGAGAGCCAUGGAGGGGCAGAGAGAUGCUGACCUGUGACUCGGCAUUUUUACCUCCACCACGUGACCCGUGUACACUCAUCUCAUUGGUUGCCUUAGAUUAUAGUUGGAUUUCUUUUAUUAUAGCAUAAAAUAAAACAGUACUUUUGACUGGU